AUGCUGCUGUCGCGUCCCCAGACCCUGACCCUGCCCCUGCCCCGGGCCCGGCUCUCCUCCCCGACCCUUCGCCACCUCCGCGCCCUCGCCGCGCCGCGCCGCGCGCUCGUCUCGUCCCCGCCACUAGGGUUCGCCUCCGCGGCGCGAGGCCUCGCUCCGCUCCGCCUCCGCGCGGUGGUGUCCGACCACGAGCAGCGCGGGAUGGAGGCGGGAGAGCAGGGGAGGCCGCUCCGCGUCGGCCUCGUCUGCGGCGGGCCCUCCGGCGAGAGGGGCGUCUCCCUCAACUCCGCGCGCUCGGUGCUGGAUCACAUCCAGGGAGAGGAUUUGGUCGUCCGCUGCUACUACAUUGAUUGUGCCAUGAAGGCCUUCGCAAUUUCUCCUGCGCAGCUAUAUUCCAACACGCCUUCGGAUUUUGAUUUCAAACUUGAAAGUUUAGCCCAAGGAUUUGACUCCCUAUCUGACUUUGCGGAGCAUCUUGCCACCAAUGUUGACAUUGUCUUCCCAGUGAUCCAUGGGAAAUUUGGUGAAGAUGGUGGCAUUCAGGAGCUUUUGGAGAAAGCAAAUGUUCCAUUUGUUGGGACACCCUCUAAGGAAUGCCGGCGUGCUUUUGACAAGCAUAAUGCGUCGCUUGAGCUCAAUGCACAAGGUUUCUUAACAGUGCCAAACUUUCUUGUGGAGAAGGACAAGUUGGCUAAGCUGGAGUUAGAGGCAUGGUUCCAAACCAUCAAUCUGAACAAAGAAAAUGGCAAAGUGAUUGUCAAACCUACAAGGGCUGGGUCAAGCAUUGGCGUGGUUGUUGCUUAUGGUGUGAAUGACGCUGCCCAGAAAGCUGAGGAAAUUAUUUCAGAGGGAAUUGAUGAUAAAGUUAUCAUAGAGGUUUUCCUUGAAGGGGGCACUGAGUUUACAGCCAUUGUGGUUGAUGUUGGGACUGCUAACAACAGUGAGCCUGUCGUUCUGCUUCCAACAGAAGUUGAGCUUCAGUACUCCAACAAUAGUGAUACCAAGGAGGACACAAUAUUUAACUACCGCAAGAAGUACCUUCCAAGUCGACAGGUUGCUUAUCAUUCGCCUCCACGUUUUCCAGCAGAGGUGAUCGAUUGUAUAAGACAAGGAAUUUCUCUUUUAUUUCGUCGCCUUGGCCUGCACGACUAUGCAAGGAUAGAUGGUUGGUUUUUACCUUCUUCUGUUGCUUCUUUACCCUCAGCUGAAAAUAGUGAAAAAUUUGGAAAUACCAAGUAUGGAACUGUUCUUUUCACGGAUAUUAAUUUGAUAAGUGGGAUGGAGCAAACCAGCUUUUUGUUCCAACAAGCUUCAGCGGUUGGGUUCUCUCACUCUCGAAUCCUUCGUACAGUUGUUCAGCAUGCUUGCUCGCGAUUCCCUUCUCUUGUUCCAUGCAAUAAUGCUUGGACCACUUUGUCCAGAAAACUACAACCAUCCAAACAAGUAGAAGCAAUCCACAAAGGUACAUCAAGACAGAAGGUUUUUGUUAUCUUCGGAGGGGACACUUCAGAGCGGCAAGUAUCACUUAUGAGUGGCACCAAUGUCUGGCUUAAUCUCCAAGGUUUUAAUGAUCUUGACGUGACACCGUGUUUGCUUGCUCCUGCAAAUGGAUAUUUCUCCUCCCAUGAUCAAGAUUUCAGUGACAGUUCAAGAGAAGUUUGGACGUUGCCAUAUUCAUUAGUGUUACGACAUACCACUGAAGAAGUUCAUGCUGCAUGUGUUGAGGCGACUGAGCCAGAACGAGUUAAAAUAACAAAACGUUUGCGUGAUCAAAUAAUGAAUGAACUUGGGCCAGCAUUGAGCAAACAUGAUUGGUUUGCGGGCUUUGACAUUGCUUAUGAACAACCUAUCAAAUACUCUCUACAAGAGUGGAUCAACCAUGUAAAAGAAACUGAAGCUGUAGUCUUUAUAGCAGUGCAUGGUGGCAUUGGAGAGGAUGGUACCAUUCAGACAUUGUUGGAAUCUGCAGGAGUUCCUUACACAGGACCAGGACCAAUAGCUUCUAGAACAUGCAUUGACAAAGUUGCAAGUUCACUUGCUGUUGACCAUCUUGCUAGUUAUGGAGUCCGUACCAUUCCAAAGGAUGUAAGAGCAACAGAAGAAGUCCUGAAGUCAUCUCUUGUUGAUAUCUGGAAUGAACUUAAAGCAAAACUACAAACAGAGACAGUAUGUGUGAAACCAGCUCGUGAUGGGUGCUCGACUGGUGUAGCAAGAUUGUGCUGUCCAAAGGACCUAGAAGUCUAUACAAAUGCAUUGAGGAGGAAGUUUCAGCAUCUGCCUGCUAAUUGUCUGUCCAGGGCACAUGGCGUAAUUGAGAUGCCAGUCCCUCCUCCAGAGUCACUAAUAUUUGAGCCUUUUAUUGAAACGGAUGAAAUUAUCAUUUCAAAUAAAUUGGAGAAUGGUAGUGCCCGUCAUCUGGUAUGGAAGGGUGAAAAUGACUGGCUUGAAAUAACUGUUGGUGUAGUUGGCAAGCGUGGAGAAAUGCACUCGUUAAAUCCAAGUAUCACAGUGAAAGAAAGUGGUGAUAUUUUAUCUCUUGAGGAGAAAUUUCAAGGUGGCACUGGAAUCAACUUGACACCACCUCCUGCAACAAUUAUGGGCGAGGAUGCUCUGCAGAGGUGCAAGAAGAGUAUCGAGAUCAUGGCAAACGCUCUAGGUUUGGAAGGCUUCUCGCGCAUUGAUGCAUUUGUCAACGUGCGAAGCGGGGAGGUGCUGCUGAUCGAAGUCAACACUGUACCUGGGAUGACUCCAUCCACCGUGCUGAUCCACCAAGCACUCGCAGAGGAACCGCCCGUGUACCCCCACAAGUUUUUCCGCACUCUUCUGGAUUUGGCGUUUGCAAGGGCGAAAUAG